AUGGAUGAAAUAGAGGAUGAUAAUCUAUCAGUUAACUGGGAUUCACAAUCUAGUAAUCCGAAUAGCAACUCUAUAAAGUCAUCAAACUCGUUGGUGAACGCCAAGUCGAACAACCCGCUAGAUCUAGAGAAUAUAUUUAAUAAUUUUAAAUUCACGUUCAAUUCCACGAUAGAUAUACCACAACAAGUGCAGAAGUCACCUACAAAGUCCUUAUUUGGACAAACUAAUAUAGACGCGUUAGUCGAUGAAUUAGAUAUCGCUUCGAAUAGCUCUUCAAAUUCUUUACAAACUGAACAAGCAAAGAAGAAAUUGAAAUUAUCAAAUAACGCGUCUUCAUUCACAAAGGAUGUCUCCUUGUUUGAGCCUCUACACAAAUCAGAUAGGGAUAUUCUGAAGGAAGCUAACCAGUUUAUGGAUUUAUUGAGGUUUAACGAUAGCGAUACAUCCCCUUUUAAAACAUCCACACCGGUAAAUGAUGACAUAAAUAGCUUGAAACUACGCAAUAACAAUCAUUUUAAUAUUGAUAGCAUAAAGAAAUCAAAAUCACAUAAUGAUAUCUUCCAACAGAUUCAAGACAUGAACUCAACAGAGCCAUAUCAAUCGACAUCUUCCAUUCAAUCGCGGCAAUCUCAAUAUACUGCACAAAAAGUUCCUGGCCCUACUUCAAUGAAGUUCGUCGAGCCUGAUGAUUAUCCUUACAAAGAAGAGUAUGGGAAUUACGUCUUUGAUAGAAACCUUAAAAAGUGGAUGCCGAGGGAUGGUUUCUCAGAUUCAGAUUCUGAAUCUGAUCCAUUUGAAGGUAUUGAAAGCCUAGGAGAAGAGCCAAGAUCGUCAAUACGAUCACUCAGGAAUCCUCGAUCAGCUUUGAAAUCUUCCUCGACAAAUACACCGGCGAGAUCCGUUUCAUUUAAACAACCGUCACCCAAAUCCCUUAGAAAGAGUAGUAUAAAAAACAAACAGGCCCUUCGAGAUGUUUUCAAUGAUAAUGCAGCAACGUCACCUGCAUCUGAAUUUUUCAGGUCUAAUAGUUUAUCGAAAGCUGAUACAUCUAGUCUAUUUCAUAAAACUCUCAGUGAAUUAUCAAAUGAAGAGAUUACAAUCAAUUUUACAACAUCAGCCAACCUAAGUAGUAAGAAGAUCAACAAUCUAAUCAAGUUGGGUGUUGAGGCGGACAAUUUACAGUAUCUAAAUCUAUCAAAAAAUAACAUCAAGUCUGUUCUACCGCUGAAAUCAUUCAAACACUUAAGACAAUUGAAUCUAGAUUUCAAUAAAAUUGAAAGUUUAGAAGGAUUAGAUGAGAUCAAGGGAUUACAGAAACUGACGGUCAAGAAUAACCUCCUUUAUGCGCUAGAUUUUUACAACUAUGAAUGGUCAAAACUGGAGUUUUUAGAUCUGUCCAAUAAUAAUCUAAUAGAGAUAAAAAGUCUUGCUCACUUGAAUAACAUCUCAUUUCUUUCAUUAGACAACAAUUCUUUGAAAGAUAUACAAUUUGUUACAGAAUUUGAUAAGCUGAAGGUACUGAGAUUAUCAAAUAACAAGUUGAAGGAGCUAGAUAUAUCAAAAAUUUUAAACGUUAGAACGUUAUUUAUAGACAACAACAAGUUGAGGUCCUUGCUAAAUGUAAGUGCCUUAAAAAAGUUAGAAAACCUGUCAUCAAGGGAACAGAAAGGUCAAUACUUUGAAUUAUCUAUGAAAGACAUCAGAGAUAUAAAACGGUUAUAUUUAUCUGGAAAUAAAUUACCAAAAACCUUUACAGCGGAAUAUUGUUAUCAUUUAGAGUAUUUGGAAAUUGCAAAAUGCGGAUUAAAAUCAAUACCAGAUAACUUCUCAAGGGUUUGUCCAAACUUGAGAGUCUUGAAUUUGAAUCUAAAUUUUAUUGACAACCUGAAACCUUUGAAGAAUCUCCGGAGAUUGAGGAGAUUAAGUUUAGUUUGUUGUUCAAUUGACAAAUUUGACUAUGAAAUGUUAAAAUCACUAGAAGAGUUAGAGAUUUUAGAUUUGCGGUUGAACCCACUAACCGAAGGCUUAUAUUCGUCUGAACUCGAGUAUAACUAUAGAUUAUCCUUGCAAAAUGAUUCAAACUAUCAAGAAUGGUUAACAAAGGACAAAAUAUUUACUGAUGAAGAGAUAACGGAUGAGAAUUUCAUUAAGCGUGUUGCAUAUAGAGGUUUAAUAAUGACAAAUAGUGAAAGUCUGAAACUUCUAGAUGGAUUAUAUCUCACAAAUCGUGAUCAAUUGAAAGCCUCGAAGCUCAGUGAACUGUUUAAAAAUUUAAAAAUGUAA